AUGGCCAAGAAAGCUGCUGAGAGGUACAAGCGUGACCCGGCUUAUCAGAUGUUGCACGAUCGGGUUACAGAUGUUUUCGUGGAUUGCUUGAAGUCUGAUCUUGUAAAACUGAAGAAGCAAAAACUGAAGGAAUCUGAUAUUAAUCACAACGAUGAUCAGGAGGAUUGUGAGAAGAUAACUUGUGCUGCAACCUGUUGCUUUUGGUUUAGCUACGAGAACUGCACCGCGACUUUGCUGUGGGAAAGCAUUGCGGUUAAGGUUUUCCCGCGAGAAUCAUACCCGGAAUACCAAGAUGUUGAGGAGGCUGAUUACGUGGACAGAGUCCGAAACCGGCUCAGGAAGGAGGUUUUGGUGCCCUUGGUCAAUUACUACCGUCUUCCAAAUACUUCUAGAGAAAUGCACUUCAGUGUUGAGAAGUAUUUGGAGGAGGUGAAAGCUGGCAAGUCCAAGACUGUGGCCGAUGCUUUGCUUCCUAAUGAGAUUCUAAGCUACGCAACCCAUUGGGAUUUGGGGCAAGCGGCUGAGCUUCAUUGGAAGGCAACGGUGGAGGACUUUAAAAAGCAAGGAAAGAUGAGCAGAUGCUUGGCUGCAGUAUGGGACGGGUACAUGUACCCGGAGUACAAAGUCAAGACAAGGAGCAGGGAGGCAUCGGUGGCUUUGACACUUUUGGUGUCUGAACUGAGUGAAGAGCCAUGGAAAGGAAAACUGAUUGCUGUCGACUCUGAUGAGGCACCUGAGCUACUUUCGAUACGAGGCAGUGAUCUUAGGGAUGAUCGGUUUGAUGAAUAUAGGGGGUGGCAGCAGACAAAGUAUGAGGCAAUACAAAGAGAGUAUGAGGAGAAAGGGUAUGGGGAUGCGGAAUUGCGCUGUAUUGUGUCCCAUGAAUACGGUAUGCAAAGCCGGUGA